GCGCUGCUCGCAGGUCGCCGGUGCCGACCCCGAGGGGGCGCAGAGCUCGGAGGCCAGGGGCACGGUGCCAGGAGCGCCACGAGACAGAAAGGACGAGUGACCCUGGCGUGAGCAAGGACAGAGGCAAGAUGCUGAUGAUGAUGGGCACGCAACGCCCGACGGGCGUGGAGAACACUGAGCGCGCGAAGAAGACCAAUGGAGUCACCUUGCCCGCAAGCGUGGUCAUGAGGGAGCCUGAGGCAAAGAGGCGUGGCGAGGCCGACUCUCUCGACGGCAACAAGACGUACGUACAUCUUCGGCACGGAGCACUGGCGCGCUCAAGGAGCUCGUCGUGCGCGCCAUGGGACAGAUCAGCGACAACACCUUGAAGACAAGGUACGGCGUGAAAAAGUGGAUCGACUCGGAGAUAGGGUCCGACACGGCCUGAGGAGCCUCAGGAGACACACCAGGGAGCUGAACUGCAGGACGGGUUCCUGGGCGAUGGCCUCGACGAGGCAGUCCACCGCGGCCGCGCCAUGCGCGAGCUUGAACGGCGCGGGGGUCACCAACAGGGAGAUCGGAGCGGCAGCGGCCGACGCGAAGGAGGCCGACGAGACCAUCAAGGGCUGCCGCGAGAGGAGGGCGGCGAUCUGGACACUCUGGGGACCAGCUCCUGCCAGGAUUGCCAAGUCGUCCCGGUCGCCCUCCCCGUCUGUGCUUGCAGCAGCGCGAUCAGACGUCGAACGAAGAUCGCCAUCAUCGCCAGGACUUCGGGAGGCGGGGCGAGACCUCGUCCUUUACGAGCUGCGAGCUUCUCCUCGCGGCGGGGCGGUCCGUCUGUCAUGUUGACUGCAGAGCCGGCCUGAGGACCCAGGACAAGACAGCAAGCGCGACCGCAACCACCAGCAUGGUGCUGCAGUCCUAAAUGAUGGGCGCCGCACCGUUGGCAACAUAUCCAAUGAGCGAGUGGCCUCGGCAUCCUGCGCUGCCGUGAAGGUGCGCAAAGGACCAUGCCGAAGGCGAGCCACGGGCCAGCGGUAUCCCCUCGGUUCCCCGGCUCCCCCCGGGGAGGCCUGCCUCAUGAG